UCCUAUUUCGAGCAUUCGGGACUAGCAUUUGGUCUUCUUGGAUCAGAAACAAUGGCGGAACCUGUCCCCUUCGGCAUCAUGGAGAGACUGAUAGCAGAUCUUGCUUCACCUGCACUUGAUGAAAUCCGUUUGAAGGGCGGUUUUUCCGACGAGAUGAAUCAGUUGAAAGACACUCUUGUAUUGGUCAAAUCUGUGCUGCUGGAUGCGGAGAGAAAGCAAGAAAAUAACCGACCUCUGACGGUGUGGCUCAGGGAGUUGAAAAAUGUCCUCUGCGAUGCUGACGACUUCCUUGAUGAUAUUCAAACCCAAGCAAUACGCAAUCAUGUGGAUAGAGCCUGCAAGGUACGGCAAUUCUUCACAACAUCUAAUUCUACUGUUUUUCGCGUUAAGAUGGCUCGAAAAAUGAAGUCACUGAAGAAGAGACUAGACAUGGUUGCAGCUGAUAUGAGUAAGUUUGCUCUAGAAGCAAUUGAUGUUGAUAACCACGUUUCGCAUAGGAGCAGGGAAACGACCUCUCCCGUUGUUGCAGAUGUGAAUGUAAUAGGACGGGAGAUUGAUAAAGAAUUUAUCAUAGACCUCCUAAUGCAGCAUAAUCCUGAAGAUGAUGACGAACGUAUCCCAGUUAUUCCCAUUGUGGGGACGGGAGGACUAGGAAAGACCACACUUGCUCACCUUGUCUUCCGUGAUGAGAGGAUAACUCAGUCUUUACCAUUGAAAUUGUGGGUGUCUGUCUCUCUGGACUUUGAUAUCCAGCAAUUGAUUGUUAAGAUCAUCAACUCUGCGAGUCCUCAUUUGCGCCAAUUGAAUUUAAAAGAAUUGGACAUGGAGCCUUUGAUACGUCUCCUGAAAGAUACGCUUGCUGGUCAAAAGUUCCUGCUUGUCUUGGACAAUGUAUGGAAUGAAGAUCGUGUUAAAUGGAUGGAGCUGAAAUUUUUAAUUGAAAUGAGCAAUAAAGGUGGUAAAAUCCUGUUGACAACACGGAGUUCUAAAGUUGCUUCUAUGAUGGGUACUGUACCUGCUUACAAGCUACAACCUCUUUCCGAAGGAAACUCAAUGUUUCUCUUUCUUGAAUGUGCAUCCAGAAACAGGGAAGAGAAAAAGGACCCGGAUUUGGUUAUGAUUGGAAAAGAAAUUGUGGGAAAAUGUAAAGGGCUUCCUUUGGCCAUCAGAACACUGGGGAGUCUACUACUUUCUAAUCGUACCAAGCAUGAAUGGGAGUCGCUGAGAACUAAUGAUAUUUGGAAUUCGGAAAGCAUUCUUCCUGCACUUAAACUCAGCUACGGUCAAAUGCCAACUUAUUUGAAGCAAUGUUUUGCUUUGUUCUCCCUUUAUCCAAAGGGUUAUAUUUUUCUUAGUUUUGAUGUUGCUUGUCUAUGGGGGGCUCUAGGUUUGCUUCUACUGCCAAGCCAAGGUAAAACUUUGUUAGAUGUUUCAAAUCAAUAUUUGAGUGAAUUGAGUUCCAGAUCUUUCAUUCAGGUUGUUGAAGACUGUGGCACUUUCUUUUAUUUUCAAAUUCAUGAUUUAGUUCAUGAUCUCGCAUUACUUGUUGCGAGAAAUGAAUGCGUGCUAGUCAGUUCAGACAUGCAAAAUAUAUCAGGAAAUAUUCUGCAUCAAUCUUAUAUUGAAGAUGAUUUGCGUGGCAUUUUAUUCACACAAGGAAUAUUUCGUGUGAGAACCAUACUAUCUCCUGUUCAUGGAGUGGGAGCCAAGGAUGAAGUUUUGUUGAAUGCAUGGAUAUCUAGAUACAAAUCCUUGCGAUUUUUGGAUUUGAGUGAUUCUACUUAUGAGACUUUGCCCCAGUCCAUUGCUAAGUUGAAACAUUUAAGAUUUCUCUCUCUCAGGAACAAUACCAAAAUUCAGAGGCUGCCUGCUUCAAUUUGCAAACUACUAAAUUUGCAAUCUUUGCUUCUUGAUGGGUGCACGAAGCUUGAAAUAUUGCCAAAAGAAUGGAGAAAUUUGAUCAAUCUCCGACAGCUGGGGAUAACCACAAAGCAAUCUGUUUUGCCUGAGAGUGAAAUUGCAAAGCUGAGCUCUCUUGAAUAUUUGUGUAUUAAAAAAUGUGACAAGCUGGUGUCCUUGUUUGUAGGGAGAAAGUUGCCUAAUCUUCGAACUUUGGAGGUUGAUAGUUGUGAGAGGUUGAAGUCUUUACCACUUAAUGUUAACCAUUUUCCUCAAUUGGAGACUUUGGUAAUCAACAAGUGUGGUGAUUUGGAAUUCUCUGAGGAAGUGCAGAACUCUACCCUGAGAUUAAAAGUCCUUUAUCUUCAUUCUUUGCCACAGCUGGUGGAGACCUUGCCUAGUUGUUUUCAAGGAUCGGCAAGCACAUUAGAAGCUUUGGCUAUUAAAGAGUGCAACAGGCUGGAGUCACUUCCUGAAUGGCUGUCAACUCCAAGUUCAUUGAAAUCUCUUCAAAUAACAAAUUGUCCUAAUUUGAAGUCUCUCCCCGGUGACCUUCAUCGCCCAGCACUUAAAUCAUUCCAAAUCAGUGAUUGUCCUAGAUUACAGGAGAUGUAGACUAUUGGCAGGAGAUAUCUCACAUCAAGAAGACAUCAUAAAAGGAAGAUGAAGAAAAAUUGGAGGAAGAUCCAACUCUUCAUUGCCGAAAUUAAACUAUAAGUGCCUUUGUUUGUUCAAGUUUUCCAUUUUAAAUAGUUGUUCUUGUUUUGUUUUCCAUAAUGUACACUUGAUCAGAACUGCACUUGGAUUGUCUGUUUCAUGUACGACAUUAUGACAACAUCUCUUUUAGCUUCGUGUCUUCUAUUCCUGGGUUGUUCUUUUUCCAUCAAACUGCAAACACUCCUUCUUAGUGUUGCCUUCUUUGAAAUUUGCUACUAAUUAAAUGUAAAGUUACAACCUUCGGGUCAGG